CUACUACAAAUUUGACAUGAAGUUAAUUGUGGAAUUAUGAAGUUUCCAGAGCCCAUUCAUGUGCAUAGUUUUUAGGUGAAUUUUUGAGGAGCUUGAUAGAGAAGUUAGACGCAAAUAACUUGCAUAUACAGUAGAUCUUUCAAUACACUUCUAUUAAUCAAAUGCAUGCAGUAAUUGAUUGUAAAGCUUACAAUUCUUCUAUAUUGUUCACAGAAAAUAUUUAGUAAUUUUAGGAUAGUGGAGAAUACAGUUUAAAUUUAUAAACUCCACAAAUCCAAUUUUUGGGGGGAUUUCAUGAUCGGUGGGAUUUUUUAUACAUAUAAAUGGAAUAAAUGUCUGAAUAUUUAAUAUGUCUAAUAAACACAGCUCGAUAUAUUUAAAUUUUAAUUUGUAUACUCGGAUCUGUUAACAUAAACAAUUAGAAAAAAAAACUAUCGUCCAAUACACCGUUUUUAAGCUUGAUUUACCUUUCACUAUCAAGCCCAGAGGUUAUAUUUUGAAAAAUAUCUGACCGGAAGUACUACUCUAGAAAGUCAGUUACCACUUCCGGCGUUACCACCUUCUUUGUCUACGGCCCAGGAUUUCGCUAUCAGUGGCUGUCCAGUUUUCCCUUUUGUUUUGAGGAUAUAUUACCUUGUACAUCUUAGAUUUUUUUUUUUUUUUUACAUUUAAUGACUCUCGACUCUGAUUUAUUUAUGCCUAAAAGUAAAGCUCCAAAAAUGGAUGACCUGGACUACAUCCCAGUAGACUUGAGCCCAGAGGAGCGUUCUGAGCUGGAGGACAUCCGCAGGAGGAAGGGCAUCCUGCUGCAAGAGAUCCAGAGGCUCAGGGAGGAAUUAAGAGAAGCAAUCUUAGAAGUAGAAGGACUGGAGACUAGCACAGAGGGCAGUAAAACACUACAGAAAAGUCGACAUGUAGCAAUGGGACGGAAGAAAUUCAACAUGGACCCAAAAAAGGGCAUCAUGUUCCUGGUGGAGAACGAGCUGCUCCGACACACACCAGAGGACAUCGCUCAGUUCUUGUACAAGGGGGAAGGCCUCAACAAGACUGCCAUAGGAGAUUACCUGGGGGAGAGAGAUGACUUUAAUAUCAAAGUGCUUCAAGCUUUCGUCGACCUCCAUGAGUUCACUGACCUCAACCUUGUGCAAGCCCUCAGACAGUUUCUCUGGAGCUUCCGUUUGCCCGGUGAGGCGCAAAAGAUCGACAGAAUGAUGGAGGCCUUCGCUCAGAGAUACUGUCACUGCAACGCCGGCGUCUUCCAGAGUACAGACACGUGUUAUGUUCUUUCCUUUGCCAUAAUCAUGCUGAACACAAGCCUCCACAACCCCAACGUGAGGGACAAACCUGGACUGGACCGCUUCAUCUCCAUGAACCGAGGCAUCAACGAGGGGGGAGACCUGCCAGAGGAGCUGCUGCGAAAUCUAUAUGAAAGCAUUAAAAACGAGCCCUUCAAGAUCCCGGAGGACGACGGCAACGAUCUGACGCACACCUUCUUCAACCCCGACAGAGAGGGCUGGCUUCUCAAACUGGGGGGGCGUGUAAAAACCUGGAAGCGUCGAUGGUUCAUCCUCACAGAUAACUGCCUUUAUUACUUUGAAUACACCACAGAUAAGGAACCGCGUGGCAUCAUUCCUUUGGAAAACCUCAGCAUCCGUGAGGUAGAAGACCCGAGGAAACCUAACUGCUUUGAGCUGUACAUCCCCAACAACCGCGGCCAGCUGAUCAAGGCCUGUAAGACUGAAGCGGACGGGCGAGUGGUGGAAGGAAACCACAUGGUGUACCGCAUCUCCGCCCCCACACCGGAGGAGAAGGACGAGUGGAUCCACAGCAUCAAAUCUGCUGUAAGCGUGGAUCCCUUCUACGAAAUGCUGGCCGCCAGGAAGAAGCGUAUAUCUCUGAAGAAGAAAGAGGAGCAGCCGUAGAACGCCCACCCCAGCCCACCGUGACUUUUUGGUAUUCCUCCUCCAACACUUUUUCUUCCAUCCAGAAGGAACGAUUAUCCUGUCUGCAAGACUUUUGAAAAGCCACAACCAAAGUGAGACGUUGUGGCUAGUACUCAUGCUGCUGCUGUUACAACCCCCCUCACCCCAAUAACCACACCAGAAAACCCCGUCUGUCUUAGUACGCCUGAAACCUGAUCAGGACAAACGUUACUCUGUUAGCAUUUCAUCAUCAUUUCAAGGAUUUAAAGAGAGAAUCCUGCUUUGUUUUUGACUAAUUUGACCUGCACUUCUGUUAUUAAAGUGUAUAUAACCUAGAAAAUAAAAAAGAAAAAGUCAGUAAUUAAGCAAACUAGAGUAAAUUGUUGGUUUAAGUGGCUCUUGCAUGUCUAGUAACGGGAAGUCCAUAUUUUUUAGCUUGUACAGUGGAGGAAAAGCACAGAAAAAUAUUGUUUUAAACAUACUUCCUUAUUAGUUUGAAUCUAAUUUUGAUUAGUUGGUGAAUCCGAGUCAAAAUGUGAAUUUAAAACACUCACUUUGCAUCUAAUAACGAACACACCUGUCAGAUUUGAUCACAGCUUCCUCAUCCGUAAAGAGAUUUGAACAUUUAUCUCCGCUAGAUUUUGCAGUCAUGACGAGUGUGGAGGUGGCAGCUUCCAUAUAUAUUGUAGCAUCUCUCACAGUGAGCAAUAGCAGAGCUGGGGCAUUGUAUUAUGAAACCCUCUAAUCUAUACUGAGCAGUCAACUCCAAAGCAUGCUGUAGCUCCAUCUCCCUCCAUCACAGAUAACAGACAUCCCAUCAGCAGUAAUACAUGUCCACUGUGCUCCAGUGAGUGGAUGAAAGCACAACGGCAGCUCAUUUCAUUGUGUACACUUUAUUUGUAAAUAGACCUUAGCACAUUUGUUUACGAAACUCAUAGAAAUGAUUUAAUUUAUUUAUCUUUUGUUAAGAAUUUUUGUACGACUGCAUGUUGAAAUGGAUCUUCAUUACUAAUGCAUCUUUGACCAUGUUGUUGCACUAAUGGGACGGUAUUAGUGUUUGGAAUUUGUAAUGGAUAAUGAAGUUAAGGGAAUGAUUUUUUAUUUAGAAAAAAAAGAUGUAUUUGUAGUGCAAAAAAAAAGUACUUGUUUUUUUUCUGCAUUUGUGUGCUAUUUCCCACCCUUAUUUGUCAUAUUUUUUCAGACUCAGUGAAGCUCAGGCAGAGACAAGCUUUCCCCCCUCUGCUCCCGAGUGUUAGCUGACGUUAGCUUGCUAGCUAAAAUCCCCUUUUUAUAGCACAUGUACAGAAGUAGAGACGGUUAAAAAAACACAAAAACAUUCAGCAGUAAUAACCCAAUAAUAGACUAACCCACGGUUUAAAUGUGUCUCUUAAAUUGGCAUCUUUGACUGUAGAUUAAAUAACUGUCUUUGGCACUUUAUCAUGUUUGGAAAAACACAGUUAUUGAUUGGCUUCAGUGGCUCCCUCUGCUGGUCGUCCUGUGCGCUGCAAUAUGCUAAAAGAACCACAGCAGCUUCAUUCAGUCACUUCCAGCUAUAACUACUAACUUACCAUGCCCGUUUCAUGUACUGUUAAUUAAUUACUGUCAGUUUACUCUGGAUAUACACACUGUGUCACUUUUGUGUAUGUCUGAAGAUGAGUCACUCCCUUUUACACAUUAAAAUUGUUGCCUUUUAUCCUGUUUGUUCUCCUGUUCUUCACAGGAAACAGCUGUUACUUUCUGUCGAUUUUUAAAGGGAAAAGUUGCCAAAUUAAGAUGGCAAUAAUCAGAUCAAAGGCAAGAAUGAACACUAAGAUGAUCACAAUAAAUGAAAUGUUGUUUGGUCGGUCUCACUACAAAGCAGCCUGUUUCUGAAAGUUUUUUUUUGUAUUUAUUUAUUUUUGUUUACUGUGAAGUGAUACAUCAUUUGUACAUGUAUCCAAUGGAAAACCAUGACAUGUUGAUGCCAGUAAACUGUAUAACAAUAAAAGGUCAAGAGAGA